GUUAAUGCUGUUUCUUAAUAAUCUUAGUUAUAUGUAUAGAAAUAUAAAAUGCAAAUUUAAAACUGAGUUUUUGUUUUGAUAAAUUUGUUUAAUAACCUAUCCGAUAGCGUCCGAAUGCUUUCGAUACAGCAGAGUUGUUAUUGGAAAUAAAUAUGACUUUGAAGUUGUUUUAACGCAAUAAGUAAUCAGGAUGGUUGUUGGGUCGGCAUCGUACCCUGGGAGGCAAGUGCUUCACAAAAUGCAGCCGAUGGGUAUGACUCCCCGCGAGCUUUCGGACUACGACGACUUAGCAACAGCUCUAAUAGUUGAUCCAUAUCUUGGCAUUACAACACAUAAGAUGAACAUACGUUACAGACCAUUAAAAACCAAUAAAGAAGAAUUAAAAAGCAUUAUAAAAGAAUUUAUACAAACACAGGAUUACAAUAAAGCAUAUAACAAAUUGGCUAGUGGAGAAUGGAUGCCAAGACAUUUCACAAAAAACAAGCAUCAACAAAACAAGUUUAGAGAACAUAUUUAUCGCUAUCUGAGGGUUUUCGACAAAAAGGCUGGAUUUGUAAUUGAACCAUGUUAUAGGUAUUCAUUAGAAGGUAGAGUUGGAGCUAAAAUUUCAACAACUAAGAAGUUUUUUAAACAUGAAAGGAUUGACUUUCUUGUUGGGUGCAUUGCUGAAAUGACUGAAGAAGAGGAAAAACAACUGCUGCAUCCUGGAAAAAAUGAUUUUUCUGUUAUGUACAGUUGUAGAAAAAAUUGUGCUCAGUUAUGGCUUGGACCAGCUGCAUACAUAAAUCACGAUUGCAGGCCUACAUGUACUUUUGAAGCUACAGAUCGAGGCAAAGCUUUUGUUCGUGUAUUAAGAGAUAUAGAGGUUGGAGAAGAAAUUACUUGUUAUUAUGGUGAAGACUUUUUUGGCAAUGGUAAUUGCUAUUGUGAAUGUGAAACUUGUGAAAGACGAGGCAAAGGUGCAUUUUCUGUAAAGAAUGCUCACAAUGAUGAGGAAGCUACAAGAUAUAGAUUUAGAGAAACUGAUAAUAGAAUAAAUAGGACAAAAGCCAAAUUGACACAAAAGUCAGAAAAUGGAAAACCUCCUGAAAAGGCUCGAAUAUCAAACAGACAAGUUUCUAACAUUGUUUCCCCUCUUAGUAUGAAAGAAAUGAAGCAAAAAGGAUUGACUAAAUAUGAUGCUGAAUUGUUAAUAGCUCAGGGGUGUAUUGCAGAUGUUGUUGAUGGAGCUCGUGACAAAGAAUCACAAGGUAGUAGAGAAUCUUCAGCUUCUAGAAGAGGUGAACGUUUAAGAAGAAGAGCAGACAGUGGUCGUUCUCAUAAUGGUGUUACUGCCACUGCAACGGCAACUGUAUCACAGCCUCAUGAACAACCUACACGGUGUUGCAGUAUAACUAGUUCACGGAGCAGUUGUGACUCCCAUACUGGUAUAGUUCUACGAAGUCAUAAACGUCUCAUUGACUCUCAAUCCCCAUGUACAAAAGUUAAAAAUAGUUCAAAGAGUAGCUCAGAAGUUAAAAUUGGAAGAAAUAAUACUGUCCCUAAACCAGACACAGAGUCGCUUAAUUCUAUGGAUACACAUAAAAUACAAAUUAAACAAGAACUAGAUAAUGAUAUUUUAAAAGAGAGUUAUCAAUCCGAGACUAGUAACAUCAGUAAAACAGACACAGAACCAGAAAAUAAUAACGAUAACAAAGAAUCUCUGUUAGAACGAGCCAAAUCUUGUACUUCUAUGUUAAUAAUAAAGAAAGAAUGUUAUGAUAGUUCAGAUAGGAAAGAACAGAACAAAGUUGAAUGUGUAAAUGAUAAUGAAACAUGUAUAAAAAGUGAAAUAUUUGACUUUAGAGAAAAUGUAAACCCAAGUGAGUCAACGGAUACUACAAUAAGCAAACACAAAAUUGAUAUUCCUCAUAGGACUGAAGAGGUGAAGAAGGAACCAGAGACUGGACUUGCAGAUAAUUCAAAUAAAAGUAGUGAAUGUCCCUGCACACCACCACAAAGAAAAACUUUAAAGUUAACUUUAAGAAUGAAACGUAGCCCAGCAGAAGAAGUAAUGAAUUGUGGUAGCACAACUGAUGAACCAGAGUAUGAAGUCCUGCGUCUUGAGGGUGUAGAUCCUGAAACGGCUCGCCGUUUUAAAAAGCGGCGACGAUCAAAAGAACGACAUCGUAAACAUAGUCCAAUCCGUCCUCUGCCCCCGAUGAAAAGAUUGCGGUUGAUUGUCGGCAACGAAAGUCGAACUAUAAAUAUUCCAAAUGCUAUAUCGGCAGACUGACAGCCGCAACUACCUUAUAGUUAUUUUUUCCACCGCUAUAUUCAAUUAUUAGUUUAAUUGAUACUGACUAGGAUUAUUUCGUCGAGUAUUUAUUUUGUGAUGU